AGUCUACAACCUUCCAAGGUUAUAUCUCGAACGAGACGACUGUAGGUCACCCUUACUGCUCUUCACUCUUAAAUCCGAGCUUGGUGUGAAAGUAUCUGCUCUUGCCAGAGAUUUGCAUUGUCUUGCCUUUCGGAAUAAAAUUUGCAGCCAUGAGUCGAGAACUAGACGUCGAACCUGAAAUUAAAUACACUGAAGUUCAUGAAAUCAUCGUACCGCAUUUGGGCCAUAUUCCUAUUGCUAAAGGAGAUUUCCAUGCUCUUCCCACCAAAGCGAAGAAGUUUAUUGCGUUUUAUGCUGAUUAUCUGAAGCCUCGCGGUAUCUUUAUAUGUGAUGGUUCAAACGAAGAAGCAACAGAGAUAAUUCACAAGCUCGAAGAAAGAGGAACAUUAGAGCAAUUGGAGAAGUAUGAAAACUGCUACGUGUGCCGUACCGAUCCGGCAGAUGUCGCCCGUGUGGAGAGUAAAACAUGGAUUUGCACGAAAGAAAAACAUAAAACUGUACCAAGAUGUCACGGUGACGCUAAAGGAGGUCUCGGACAAUGGAUCUCGCCCGAAGACUGUCAAAAAGAACUACAGUCGAGAUUUCCUGGUUGUAUGGCAGGCAGAAUGAUGUACGUUAUACCUUUUUCUAUGGGGCCAGUUGGAUCUCCCUUGUCGAAAAUUGGUAUUGAAAUUACUGAUUCUAACUAUGUAUUGCUCUGCAUGCGUGUUAUGACCCGCGUUACUUCCAAAAUUUGGGAAGUUCUUGGAGACGGAGAUUUCGUGAAAUGUAUUCACUCCAUGGGAUGCCCUCGCCCAUGGAGAAAGAAGGUGGUCAACCACUGGCCAUGCAACCCUGAAAGAAUUUUCAUUGCCCAUUUUCCUGAAGAGAGAAAAGUGAAAUCCUUUGGAUCUGGAUAUGGUGGUAAUUCUCUUUUGGGAAAGAAGUGUUUUGCUCUUCGUAUUGCGAAUGCUAUUGCUAGAGAUGAAGGAUGGAUGGCUGAGCACAUGCUUAUCAUGGGUAUCACAAAGCCAGGUGGUAAAGAACAUUACAUCGCUGCAGCUUUUCCCUCUGCGUGCGGCAAAACAAAUUUGGCUAUGCUGGAGUCAACUUUACCUGGCUGGAAAGUUAGAUGCGUAGGAGAUGAUAUUGCCUGGAUGAGAUUCAACGAAAAGGGAGAAUUGCGAGCUAUCAACCCAGAAGCUGGUUUCUUUGGAGUUGCUCCAGGAACAAACUGGAAGACUAAUCCAAAUGCUAUGGCUUCUUUCCAGAAGAAUUCGAUUUUCACAAAUGUUGCAAAGACGGACGAUGGAUCUUACUAUUGGGAAGGACUCGAAGAUGAGGUUGAAGACAAGAAUAUUGGCAUUACAACCUGGUUGGGAAAGAGAUGGAAAAUUGGAGAAGAAGGCAAGGCAGCUCAUCCCAAUGCCAGAUUUUGCUCUCCUGCUGCUCAAUGUCCAAUCAUUCAUCCAAAAUGGGAAGAUCCUGAAGGUGUACCAAUCGAUGCUAUCUUGUUUGGCGGCAGAAGACCAGAGGGUGUCCCGUUGGUUUUUGAAUCAUACGGUUGGAACCAUGGUGUCCUCGUUGGAGCUGCUUGUAAAUCCGAAGCAACUGCUGCUGCGGAAUUUCAUGGAAAAAAGAUCAUGCAUGAUCCUAUGGCUAUGAGACCAUUUAUGGGUUACAAUUUUGGAGAAUACUUAGAUCAUUGGCUACAAUUUGGAAGACAAUCUGGUCUUAAAUUGCCCAAAAUUUUCCAUGUUAACUGGUUUAGAACCGGUGCGGAUGGUCAUUUCCUUUGGCCUGGCUUUGGUGAUAACAUCCGUGUAUUGGAUUGGGUUUGUAAGAGAGUUGAAGACAAAGAUGUGGCUGUUGAAUCUGCCAUCGGUUAUCUUCCAACAAAAGGAUCUAUUGACCUUUCUGGAAUUGAAGAUAAGGUGAAAUGGGACGAACUAUUCUCUUUGCCCAAGGAUUAUUGGAAAUCGGAUAUUGAAGAAACGAAAGCUUUCUUAGACAGAGAGGUUGGGGAUGAUUUACCUAAAGAGAUAUGUGAAGAGAUAAAGAAAAUGCAGGAGCGUAUCAACAAAAUGUAAUUGUUCUCUUAAGCAUUUCUGUCGAACUUUAAUAACUAAUUUGAAUAGCAUCUGAUAUAUUUCUCAUAGAGUAGUCAGUAAUAAUGAUAGAUUCGUACAAUACAAUAUAUGAAUUAUAUUAAUGGUUUGAUGUCAGUGUGCUUCGUACUUGUUAUCUAAUAAUCUGUCUCGUAUUAAACGCACCUUCUGAAUAAACUAUUAAAAAUGU